AUGAAGAUCUUCCUCUUCCCCCUAAGUGAGCAGUUUGGAACUUGGUUGAACCAAUUGACUCUGCUAUCUCAGAUUGAAAUUCCUCGUUGGUUAAAUAUUGAUUACGAAAACGAAGAUACCGUAGUGCUCCACGUUUUUUCGGAUGCUAGUAAAAGAGCCUAUGCCACAUGUACAUUUUUAAGAGCUGAAACCAUCGAAGGUGUAAAGGUUCAGUUAGUAAGCGCAAGAAGUCGAAUAGCCCCUAUUAAGGAACUUACGAUUCCACGUCUUGAACUUCUCUUCUGUCUGAUAGGUGCCAGGCUUGCCAAAACAAUUCUGUCAGAUUUGAAACUUGAGAACUGUAGAACAGUGUUCUGGAGUGAUUCUUCUACAGCUUCGGGGUGGAUAAGAAGAGAUCAAGCAUGGGGUACGUUUGUUCAUAAUCGAGUACAAGAAAUAAGAUCGCUUACCAGAAUAUCCGACUGGAGGCAUGUACCUGGAUGUUUAAAUCUAGUGGAUCUCCCAUCCAGUGGAUGUACUAUUGAGCAAUUACAGAAAUCGGCAUGGUGGGAGGGCCCAUCGUGGCUUUACUUACCAGAAGACGAUUGGCCCCAUGUAGAAGAAAAGCUUGAUGAAGAACUUAUAAACAAAGAAAAAAGGAAAACGAUUCUGACUCUUCUAGAUUAUGAAGACAAUUUGGACUGGUACUACAAAUACUUCUCUUCAUAUAGAAAAACCGUGAAAAUGAUCGCUUGGAUUUUCAGGUUUUAUCACAAUUUAAAGAACAAAGAUAAAAACCUCACUCCUGAUGUCUCAGUUGAUGAAUUGGAGAAUGCUGAAAAGGCACUUUGUAGAUUGGUACAGAAAGAAUCAUUUACAGGCAUAAAAGAUCCCGCCAUUCGUGCGCUGAGACAAAUCGUAGACCGAAAUGGAAUUUUAAGAGCCAAUACGAACGUCCUACAGCGUCAAGAUAAUGAAAAUUUCCGCUAUCCUAUCAUUUUACCUUCAAAACAUAUUCUUGUUGAGAGACUAAUUUACGAGAAACAUCUAGAACUCCAGCAUGCUGGUGUCAGCACUUUAAUGACAAAUCUUAGAGAAAACUUUUGGAUAUUAAAAUCCAGGAAAAGUAUUCGAAAUAUUCUAAGAAAAUGUGCAAGAUGUAAAAGAUUUGUUACACAAAGAGUGGAAGUCGAGCCAGGAUUUCCACCCGAAGAUCGAGUCAGAGAAGGGGCGACUUAUGAAGUCGUCGGUGUAGAUCUAGCAGGUCCCCUCUAUCUCCGUGAGGGGUCUAAAGCGUAG